AUGUCUUUGCACCCCUCGACACAUUGGGCGCACUGCCAGGGAGACAGUGACUUCGAGGAAGGACAGGUGCGCAAGGCCGAGGUGAUCCCAGAUGCAGUGGACCACUUUCUCGGAAGCCUGCUAGAUUCCAUCAAGUCCAGCAACAUCCCAGAGAUCAACAAGCUCUACGAAACGGUCUUCAACCAACUGACAGAGCGAUAUUACAACAAGACGAAGUGGCCCAGUGCCUAUGCCGUGGGAGAGGCCUUGGGUCAAAACGAAGCGCUCUUCUUGAUCCUCUACAAGGAGCUCUACUACAGGCAUAUCUACGCCAGGCUGAAUCCUGUGUCCUUCGAGGAUCGAGUAGGGUCCUGGAAGAACUACACCCAGCUGUUGGAUUUGAUGAUUGAAAAUCUCUCCGAUGGUGAGGACCUUGGCAUCCAGUUGCCUGCCCAGUGGCUGUGGGACAUCCUGGAUGAGUUCGUGUACCACUACCAGACCUAUAGCACCUACUGCCACAAGACCGCCAAGAUGCAGAAGGAGAAGGAGGUGAAGGAGUUGAGGGACAAUCCCGGAAUCUUUGAGACCACCAAGGUGUUGAAUUACCUGCACCAGUUGGUGCGCUUCUCCUUGAUCGAAGAGUGGUUAGCCGACCCCGAGGGUGGCAACGGUCAAGGCGCAGCCUUCACUGACGAGUCCACGCGACUCAUCGGCUACUUCGCCCUGAUGCAAUUGCUGCGAAUGCACAGUUUGUUGGGCGACUACCGCCUUGCCAUGGAAACCAUCGAGAGCAUCGACUUCAGGGCUGAGGUGCCACUCUUCUAUCGCAUUCCCGCGUGCCACGUGACCGUCUUCUACUACCUGGGCUUCGCGUACAUGAUGAUGCGCAGAUAUGUGGACGCCUCGCGCACCUUCCAAGACAUCUUGGUCUUCCUGUCGAAGAUCAGCGCAGUGAACUCCCUGUCGUAUCAGUAUGAUCAGAUGCUGAAGAAGCAGGACCAGAUGUACGUCCUGCUGCUGAUCUGCAACGCGCUGUGCCCGCAGCCUUUGGAUGAGUCCCUAGAGAAGCCCAUCCGCGAGAAGCACGCAGACAAGCAGAUGUAUCUUCAGCAGGGCGUGGAAGGAUACUUCGAGGACUGGUUCUCGUACGCGUGUCCAAAGUUUGUGGCCGCAUCCAUGCCGGAUUUGGAGAAUUUAGACAACUUCAACGCAAACGAAGCGCAUCAGCGGCAGCUGCACCUCUUCUUGCAGGAGGUGAGACAGCAGCAGGCGCUUCCGACCAUUGGAUCCUAUAUGAAGCUCUACACCUCCUUGCAGACCUCCAAGCUGGCCCAGCUGUGCGAGAUGGACGGUGAGGGCUUGCGGGAUCAGCUGAUGUGCGUCAUGCACAAGACACGGCAGUUGGUUCACCAGAAGGAAGGCACUCCACUGGAUGGCGCCCUGCAACCCUGCGGCGAAGUGGAGUUCUACCUGGAUGGUGAUAUGGUGCACAUCAAUGCGCAGAAGCCGCAGCGGCCGCACGCGGAUGUCUUCCUGGAGCACAUCGUGAAGUUCCAGGACAUCCUGAAACGUGCGGAUCGGCUUGAGAAGACGAGCAGCAGCUCAACGUAGCUCCACGGUUGUGGCCACGAAAAAAAACAGAGACGCCACGGUGUGGAUCAGUGGUUCUCCAAAAACAU